AUGCCUAGGUUGUUGGAUAUUUGUGAAGACCCCUGGACAGCCUCAGCCACAGGCCUUGUCACCCGUCACCGAGACCGUGAGGCCAGCGCUCCCACACCCACCAUCUCCAUCAAUCCCCUGUGCUGUCGCCAAGCGUGUUGUGCCUCGGUGAGCUUUGAGGACGUGGCCGUGCACUUCACCCAGGAGGAGUGGGCUCUGCUGGACCCUUCCCAGAGGAGUCUGUACAGAGACGUGAUGCAGGAGACCUGCAGGAACCUCGCUGCCGUAGAAAACAGAAGGGAAGAGGAGAAUGUUGAAGACCAUUAUAAAAAUCCUGGGAGAAAUCCGAGUUCUGUGUUAGGGACCCCCUGCAGGAGUACAGACAAUGGUCAGAAUGAAGAAACCAUGGCGUGGAUAGCACAUCUCCACCCAAGCGUGACAGUCCCUCCUGGACUAAUACCACGUGACGCCACUGUGUGCAGAAAGGUUUCCAUGUGUCACGCAUCCUCGGAUAGGCAUGUCACAUCUCACCCUCGUUAUAAAUCACGUGAACAUGAGGCAUGUGCGGCCAGGCAAUAUGAUUUGAACUCUCUCGCCAGCUUCCGGAGGUGUAUGGGUGCUCACGCUGGGAAUGGGCCUUGUGGAUGUGAGGUAUGUUUAAAAUCGUUCUGUUUUCCAAAGUCGUUAGGAAUACAUCGGGAGGCUCACGGUGGAAAACCACCCCAUCAACACAAGGAGUGUGGAAAGGCCUCUGUUUAUACAACUGGAGGAACACACGCUAUGGGGAACUUUCAUCAAUGUAAUGUAUGUGGUAAAGCCUUGAGUUCCUCCUCUUCCCUUCAGAGGCAUGAAAUAAUUCACACUGAAAGACUCUAUGAGUGCACAUAUUGUGGUAAAGCUUUUAGAUAUCCCAAGUAUCUUCGGUUGCAUGAAAGAAUUCAUACUGGAGAGAAACCCUAUGAAUGUAAGCAAUGUGGUAAAACCUUUAGAUUUCCUGGUGCCUUGCCGCUACAUGAAAAAAUCCAUACCGGAGAGAAACCCUAUGAAUGUAAACAGUGCGGGAAGGCCUUUAGAUUCCCUGGUUCCUUGCCGUUACAUGAGAAAAUCCAUACCGGGGAAAAGCCGUAUGAAUGUAAGCAGUGCGGGAAGGCUUUCCGGCGGCACUAUCAUCUCCAGUUACAUGAGAAAAUCCACACCGGGGAAAAACCCUACGGCUGUAAGCAGUGCGGGAAAGCCUUCAGGCGGCACAGCCACCUUCAGCGACACGAGCGGACUCACGCUGCAGAGACCCUACACGUGUAA